AUGACUGACGACGCGACGCGGUCGACGGAUGAACAGGCGAUUGAACGCGGGAUACGCGCGCAAGAUGCGAGAAGAGCGCGUUUCGGCCGGCCGUCGUCGACGGCGCGAGCGACGACUGAGAGUGACGCGGAGGCGAGCGUUGACGUGGACGCUGUGAACGGGGUAUCGCAGCGACGGUUGGGGGAGCUGAGAAAUCGAGCGGUGGAGGCGAUGCGCUUCGCGCCGAGUUGGUUGAAGCAGAUACAGAUGCCGCCGGGGACGUCACCCGGAAGCGUGAUACCAGUCGUGGGGUCGUUCGAGGAGUUGUACAGAAUAGCGCAGAUCGCUUGCUUGAAUGGGCAACCAUUAGAGGAGAUUGAAGAGUUUUUCAGGGGUAAAGAGGACGUGCGCGUGUUAGAGUUGAGUUCGUGCGAGCAGAGAGCCAUCGUGACGACGGAUCAUAGAAACCGUACGCACACCGUGUCGCUUCGCGGAACAAAGAAUAUCAAGAAUGUGGCGCAAAACUUGCGAUUGGGCACGGCGCCGACUGGAAGAGCGGAAGAUGUGCCGGUGCCGAUGCACAGAGGGUACCGAAACAUUGCGCAACGAUGCUUGGAGGCGAUCGAGCCUUUGCUAUUGGAUGGCUACGAGCUUCAACUCACGGGCCACUCGCUCGGAGGCGCCGCAGCGGUCGCGCUCGCUUUGUUGCUGCAUCAAAAGAAGAAGACGAAGAUUCGUCGCGUCGUCACGUUUGGCUCACCAAAACUCGGACCGAAGGAGACCGCGCAAGCUAUCGAGGAAAUUGAUAUCUUGCGCGUCGUACAAAAGGAUGACAUCAUCCCUUUGCUGCCGAUGUCGCGUCCGUUGGUUCGCAGACCAUAUUGCCACGUCGGCGAAGGCUUGGUUCUCGACAACGAUCGACCCGGGGUGUUUGCGGACUUACCGCGCGAGUGGGGUGCAGCUGGAAUUCUAUGGCGCCAGCGUGUGUCGAUUGAAAGCGUGAUGAACACCACGACGAUGUCGACGAUGGAGGCGAGUCAGGUUACGAGGCAAGUCUCGAACGUCGCCAAAGGCGUGGCCAAGGGGCUUUCCAAGCCUAUCACGGCUGCGAAGCGGGCGAGGACGUCUUUCCUUGCGGCGUUUAGCAUGCCAACGAACGAAAUUGAACUCGAAGCGGAGGUGAAGGACUUAAUCGCCGCAACCGAAUCGAAAGAGUCUUUCUUGUCGAUUCAAGAAGAAUUCGAUGCCAGCUCGGCAUCGCCCGGGGUUUUUGAAGAUCAAAACGAAACCGCGACGCAGCGAAUAGGGCCGACGAUUUUCGAACGCCUCUGGGCGCUUCGUCAGUACUCUCCAGAGGAGCGCGUUGAACGACUCGACAGUCAUCGCAUGUAUCGCUACGUCGCCAUCAUUCGCGAUACGAUCGAGAACCAGCCCACGCGUGUACCAUUAGCGGAUAUCUACGAACCCUCAACUUCUCCAAAAAAGUCGAGGGAAACGCCGAUACCGCAACUUUCCAAAGCAAUUCUUUCCAUUCGCUCUCGUUAG